CCGUCACAACGUGAGCGCGAUAUUAUUAAUACGACUCGUUCUCGCGAAUGCUCAAUACGCCACGAAAAUAAAUCAUAAGAUUUUUUUGAUUUUUUUUUAGCCCCCGUAAAGUAUAAUACUAUUCCAAGAAUUGUGUGGGUGUUUUUUUAAAUUUUAACAUUUUAGAAAAUUGUAGUCGUCCUAUUCUAUUUUUACUGCAGUUUUGCUAGUUAAUAAUACGAGUUACACACGUGUAAUAAUCAACGAAUUAUAUUUGAAAACAUUAUUGUAUUUCUAUAUGAUUUAUUGUUACUCUUGAUUCUCUUGAAUUUUAACCAGUACCAAAUUUAAUAAUAAAUUACGUAUUUUAUUGGAUAUGGCAUUACUCACGGGACUUGAAGUGCAUUAAGAUUCCGGAGCGGGCCAUGAACGAAUCGGAUUUUGGCGGGCCAAACUCGACCAGUAACGGAACUGACGGCGUGGCGUGGCCCGACAGCAACCAGUUCGAGCUGCCAUGGUGGCACCAGCUGGCGUGGACGGUGCUGUUCGUACCAAUGAUCAUGGUGGCCACGGGCGGCAAUCUGAUCGUCAUUUGGAUAGUCAUGACCAACAAGCGGAUGCGGAACGUGACCAACUACUUUCUGGUGAACCUGUCCAUCGCGGACGCCAUGGUGUCGACACUCAACGUGUCCGUGAACUUUAGCUAUAUGCUGACCAGCAACUGGACGUUCGGCACGGCCUACUGCAAGAUCAGCCAGUUCGUUGCCGUGCUGUCCAUAUGCGCUAGUGUGUUCACCCUUAUGGCGAUUUCCAUCGACAGGUACAUAGCAAUAAUUCACCCUCUAAGGCCACGCCUGGGCCGGAAGACGACGCUGAUGAUAGCUACCAGCAUUUGGGUGGUGGGUACGAUACUGUCCAUACCAAACCUGAUAUUCUUCACUACGCACACGGAGCUGUUUCCCAACGGCGAUCAGCGGGUUAUAUGCUACGCUGAGUGGCCAGACGGCAUCACUACGAAUAGCUUCCAGGAAUACGUUUAUAACGUUUCGUUUAUGAUAAUUACAUAUUUCAUUCCUAUUGGACUGAUGGGUUUCACCUACGCUAUGAUCGGUAACGAGCUGUGGGGAAGUCAGAGCAUCGGAGAAUGUACACAGAGGCAGCUAGAGCAUAUCAAGUCCAAGAGAAGAGUUGUGAAAAUGAUGAUCGUUGUAGUUACGAUUUUCGCCAUCUGUUGGUUGCCAUAUCACAUUUACUUCAUUGUGACAUCUCAUAUGCCGGAAUUAACUAACGCACCGUACAUACAAGACGUAUAUUUGGCCUUUUACUGGCUUGCAAUGUCCAAUUCUAUGCAUAAUCCUAUCGUGUACUGCUGGAUGAACUCCAGAUUCCGUCAAGGAUUCAAGCAGUUCUUUUCUUUCGUACCGUGCAUCAAUGUGAGAACCGGCAGCCUGAUCCGACGGGAAGUUGUCACCAGCAGGCACCGUUUGCAUACCCUUGAACCACCUUUGCACCGACAACGGAAGAGGUCACCUGAAAGUGCCGGCGGCACAUUGGAGGCAGGCGAAAAAACACGGCAUCGACAGCAGUGUUGGCGAAAUGAGCAGCACCAGCUUCAGCAACGCGGUGACGGGGGUAACGAUAGCCAAGGCGAGUACGUCGACUUGCAACGAAAACAGCAUCAACUGCAGCGAGGAAAACUUGAAAACCUUUCUAGGAAAAAAUGUAAAUUCCGCAUCCUGACGACAAUCGUCACAGAAGGACAAAAGGAACAACGAUUUCCAUCACAGUCGAUCGUUGACGACCGAUGUUACUACUCCGAGAAAUGCUGCAACACAGCAGAGUUGGAUUUAACGACCGAGUUAGAGAUGCAAAAUCUCUCAGUACCACUCGGAUAAUAUUUUACGAAUACAAUUAUCGUAUUACAAAUUGAAAUUUACGUGUAUGUGUGUGUAUGUUUGUGUCCUGGUGUGUUUGUAAUGUUUGUAAACUAUCAGUAGCACCAAAGUCCUAACAAAUUUCAUAGAGAGAUAAAGUGACUUACAACCACUCAAAUAUCAUCGAAACCCAAAUCAUUGUGUGUACUCUGAAGCCACUGAUACAAAAGAUCAAACUUAAACAAUGACGCUUGGACACACGCAAUUUAAUUAUAUUAUAUAAUUUAUUAUUAUAACAUUUAAAAUAUAUUAUUCGCACUUCAGUACAUUAGUACAUGAUGUAAGAAAAUAGCACUGAAAUAUUCGAAAUCGUCUUUUCCAUCAGCAUGCAUCAAUUACGGCCAACAAUAAAUUCCUAAUAAAAUAAUAUUAUAUUUAGUAUACUCUCGUCUCAACCACCAUUCUGAAAAGAUUAUCCCAAUUUUGAUCUCAUUAUAAAUAUUAAUUUUGGUAG